UGAUAUUUAACAACGCGUCUCAGUGUGACAUCAAAUAAUUCGAUCUUCUCUACGGUCUUAUUUGGCCCUCUUUAAAAGCAGCAGUCCCCAGAAAUGCCGCUGAGUGGAGAGAGGCCAAGACACUUGCUUGGAGCGUUUCGCUGAAAAACGCUGACUGUAUGAUUCUUUUGUGCUGCAUUUCGGCUUUGACCCGUCUCAAGUGCCGCUGACCUGGGCAAGGUGAAAGACAGGUCAGCCUGUCUCACUGACACACACGUGCUAAUAGUCUUGCAUCUUCCUCUUUUACGUUUGUCCUUCAACGAAUUUGGAACGAAUUUUGCCAAGUUAAAAUGCUCUGUACAAAAAUCUCAUCCCGUUCAUCUUUGUUUCAAUUUGUCCAAUCAAGAAUGUUUAGCAAACCUCCAUUUGGAAGAAAAAAAUGUAUAUAUAUAUAUUUUGUAUAUGGGGAAAUAAGGAACCUGCUAGUGCCUUUUCCUACAGGCACAUGACCUGUUAUCUAAUUAUCUUAUGGAGCAACAUGCAUGCUCACUUCAAAUGGAUAGUUUUGGUCAUUGGAGCAAUGACACGAAAAUCUAAAAAAAAAAUGUCAAGGAUGUUUAUUAUGCACAAUAAUUAAUCAGUAAGAGUGAAAGCUUGGCUGCCGAGCUGUGUAAGUAGCUGCCACUGUGCUUAUAGUUAAUGGCUAAAAAGGGAAUUGGUCAACUUAUGCCCCCUUUGAGCUGUCAGAGGGCCUGAAUUAUUAUUUUUUUUGUGGGGUGGGGGGAUGAGGGGGGUAACUUUGGGCUGUGUGGAGAUGACCAGGACUUGGGUGACACAUCGACAGUUUAUUUGCAAAUAAAAAUAAAGGUGCUGCAGAGAUUCUGCGAAACCAAUAUUUGAGUGAGUGAGGGUUAAUUUCUAGCUCUAAGUUGAUUAUUCAUUUUGUUCUUUAGAUAAAAUAUGAGGACUGAUAUUCAAGGGAUAUACAGUAUAUAGAAUCACUGGUUUAUGGUUCUGCAUAAUUGAAUGUAUUAUUGUUUUAAAUUAUUUUAAUGUCUUUCUUGAAGGAAAUAUUGCACUAUUAGAUGAUUAGCCUCCUGCAUCAAAAAAAAUAACUAAGUUACUAUAACUUGGAGGUGAAAUACUGGUGCAGUAUUAGGUUGGAUAAAGAUCUGGUUUAUCAUGAAGAAUUUUUGGCACUAUGUGGAGGAUCUGAGCAUUUAAAAAAAUGAAAUAAAACUUAAAUCAGCUAAAGAAAAAUAGCCCCCAUGCUAACUUUGUAGUUGAACAUCUGAAUUGAUUUUUGCCUUUUUCAGAUGGCUCGUAAUUUGUUUUGCAAAAAAAAAAAGUCAAACCUGAAGGAAACGAUAUAACUUGGAAAAGGUGAAUAAACAGUUCUAAUUGAGAGGAAUGCCCAAAAGAGGCCGGAAUAACUGGGUCAUUAUCAACAGGCAAAUGGCGGAAAUUGUAGUCAAACACGCACACACACACUCACACACAGGAAGGAAGUCUUUGGGGGUUGCGGUGGGGUUUCCACGUGAAGAAGUUUGCUUGACUUGUCUCUUCGCCAGCUCAACUUUGAUUGUUUCAUGUUCAUUUGCUCGGGAAGGCCUGCCGUCGUCUAUAUAUACCCUGUAGAACCGAAUUUGUGUGAUGCAAGUCCAGUCACAGAUUCGAUUCUAGGGGAGUAUAUGGUCGAUGAAAAGACUUCAAUGUAUAUACGCCAUCCCCUGACGCAUUUAGUGCACAGCUAUAGACUCGGGGUAAUGCCCGCAUCAACUCGUUGGAUUUGAAAAGCAAGCUUUUUGUGACAGCUGGCUUUCCCGCGUUUCACAACAACGAAUUUCCAGAGCUGUCGUCCUUGUAUUGAACCCCCAACUCCAAGAAAACAACUCAGCGAACAACUUUCGAGCUCGCCAACUAAAAUUGUUGCCUUAAAACUCAAUUAAUUAUAUGAUCAAGGUUUUCCAACUUCAAUGACUGUUUUAGGACAAGUUACACAACGACGUAAAAAAAAAAAGAAGAAAACCCCAAAAUGUCAAGGCAAGAAAUGUCGAUAAAGUUUUAAAUUGGGCCAUUCAAAAAUAUAUAUUUUAAGUUUCGCUCAUGUGAAAAUUGUCUUUACUGUAUUUUCAACAAAGAAAUAAUAGUUUACAGAACUAAUCGUCCUUGUAUCGUCCAGGCAUGAAGCCAACAACUUGCUAGCUUUAGCUUUAGCUUCAACUGUUGUUGACAUAAAUGUUCAGAAUUUAUAUUUUGAAGUUGUUCAAACAUAAAUCACCAUAGUAGCCCCCCACCCCCUAAAAAAUACAAGUUCUGUUUUUGACAGUGAAGUUGUUGUUGUUUGAAUCUCGUGCAAGGGGCGCACACGCCUCCCCUCCUCUUGUUUGUGCGCUUAAUGAAUGAUUCCCAGAGGCGGCCAAUUGUUUGCGAGAUGUGGCAGCAGAUGAAGGGAUGAGAUUGGUGUAACUUUUAGAUGACCCCCCCCCCCCACACCCCCUUGACAAAGACAGUCGCCAUCAAUUGUCCUCACUCUGCUUGUAUACCAGGGGGGGCUUCUUCUUUGUCGCUUUUCAACGCCACAAGCGCAUCCGAGCUCGGUGGUGGAGGCUCGACUUUUUUUGUUUUUGUGUCUUCUUUUUGAGCAUAAUUCGAGAUAUAAAGUGGUUUUGUAAUCCCCGCGGCGGGACCUUUCAUUUCCAGGCGUGCACGCAAGCAGAUGUUUGAAGGUUUAUUUUUCCUCCAGGAGUCUAAUUAGGGGCAUAUUUGGAGAGGAUGAAAUUGCUCUUUCCUUGUCUGUUUACCCGUGCGAGCAGCAGCGUCACCUCCAUUGGCCCGCACGGUCACAUGGUCCGCUAACUUUAUUCAGUUGACACCAAAGUAGGAGGGCUUUAUGGAGGCAGGAAAAAAGACAACUGGAGAAAAAUUAGUAUUUUCUACCUUCACAAAUUAAUGGCCAUGAGUUCGUAUAUGGUCAACUCCAAGUAUGUGGAUCCCAAAUUUCCUCCCUGCGAGGAAUAUUCGCAGAAUAACUACAUACCUGAGAGGGGCUCAGACUACUUCAACCCCUCGCAGGACGCUGACUUUCAGCACCCGGCCAUCUACCCACGCGCUAACUACCCGGAGCAAGCGUUCGGCUGCAACGCAGUGCAGGAGUCUCCGCUGCAGCCGCGGGGUCACGUCCAAGACAGAGCCGGACAAGCGAGUCCGUUCGGCGCGCGGACGGAGCCGGGCGAGUCGCUCCAAGCGGCCGGAGCCAGGCCGUGCGGCCAACAGAACGCCAAGAGUCCAAACGGAGUCCAAGCCAAGCAGCCCGCGGUCGUUUACCCCUGGAUGAAGAAAGUGCACGUCACCACGGUGAAUCCGGAUUACACAGGGUCCGAACCCAAACGCUCGAGGACGGCUUACACGCGCCAGCAAGUUCUGGAGCUGGAGAAGGAGUUCCACUUUAACCGCUACCUGACCAGAAGGCGACGGAUCGAGAUCGCCCACACGCUUUGUCUGUCCGAGAGGCAGAUCAAAAUUUGGUUCCAGAACAGGAGGAUGAAGUGGAAGAAGGACCACAAACUGCCCAACACCAAAGGCAGGUCGGUGCCGACCCACGGCCACCUGCAAAACCUCCACAAGGACAACAGCACUGACAUCACGUCCUUAUAAACCACAACAAAUUCACCUGCAUAUGACUUUUUUUUUUUUUUUGCAUGGACUGAAAAUCGUUUUUUUUUAAAUUUUUUACUCUUUUAUUUUUAUUUAACAACAAAAGUCAGUGUUGACCUGAGCCUGAGACGUUGCAAAAUAAACCAAUCAGUAUUUUCCCAGAGAGGUUCGACACACUUCGUGCAAAGAGGCGCCAUAAAUUAAAGCAACCCUUUUUAUUUUUUUGUAUUUUAUUUUGGGUUUUUUUUCGGAGCUGUGGGGGGGGGGGGCUCAGUGGAUUUAAGAGUGUGGUCUCUCGUGGAUUCACGCUGGCUUCAAGUCUUAAAAGUAGCUUUAUUUAGCACGGAGAGGCCGUUCGUUCAAAAUUACACGCAGGCAAAAAAAAGAAAAAAAAGCUCCUCUCGCCAACGCACAAUUUACUUGAAGGAAAAUCGCAAGCAGGAAAACAAAUCUCCUUUUAUAUAUAUUCGCUCUACUUCGUUGCUUGUUUGUUUUAACUUAUUUUGUAUAAAAAUCUUUUCUUCUUAAAAAAAAAUCAUUCCUUGCAUACGAAUAGCCAUAAUUAUGCUUCCUUGUUCAUAUUUUCCUCUGCGCCACGCCAGUUUCUUUUUGAAACUCUUCCCGCAUGACGCCGAGUUCAUUUGAAAUACUUGCGAAUAUUUAGCAGAAUUGUUGAAUUUUUAUUUAUUGGUCAUUAAAAAAGCUGUACAUUUUUUUGUAUCGCGCGCGCACACGAUGAAGUGAAUGCUAUUCCUUCUUGUCAUCUUUUACAAAGGACACUAUUUGUGCAUGGCUUUACGUCGUCUUAGUUUAAUGUGAGAAUGUAUUUUGUCUUUAGUUACACAAAGGAGUGGAGGGUGUCAUGCCAGGUUAAAAAAAAAAAAAAAAGAAAGAGAAAAAAAAAUCUUUUUUUUUCUCCCCCGGUUUUGUUUUAAACCCGUCAUUGUCCGAAAGACAAGAGAAGGCCCAGAAAGCUGUCCCAGCUCGUGGAGGUCUUGCCGGGGAGGUAUUUGAGACGAAGGUCGGUGGCAGGUUCAUCCAGGGGACACGCUCAAGCCGCGAGGGAUGACCCCGACACCCCUGACCCGGCCGAACGAGCUGCAUUUUCUCCCUUUUCGUCGUCACAAACAACUCCGUGAAGCAUUCAAAGCGAGUCGAUGUGCGUGAUUUCUACAACGGAGUUCUUUCUACAGCCCCCCCCCCCACCUCCUGAAAAAAAGACUCAGUAUCUGAUGUUCCGAUAGAUGCGUCAUUGUCAAUACGCAAUGUCUUUUACUGGUCUUAUUUUUGUACAUGCUUUCUACCUUGUAUUUGUGCAUCGGGAUGUGAGAAGUAUAUUGGAAAACAAAUAAAGAUUUCUACUGAUUAUGCAUUUAAA